UUCGCUUCUUUGAACUGAACUUUAAUGUAAACAAAGUGGUCGAAAUUAGGUCAUGGUCGACUUACGGUAAUCGUACGAUAUACAACUGUGUGUGUACUUAUGAAUAAAACACAAGUUCAUCUAUGUUUAAGAUAAGACGUCCACUAUUCAUCAUGAACGCAAAACUCUUAUGUAUCGUGUUUGUUUGUGUCGUCGUUUCCGUGGCGAAAGCUCAGGAAGAGCCUUGUCGCGAGGUCGGUGGUUAUAAGGCUCACGGUGAGUGGUUUAUGGACACAAACUGUAACAAGUGCUACUGUAACAACGGUGUCGCUACCUGCCCGGCACCUGGAGGAUGUUCAAAACCUAGACAAGUUGUAUUCAAGGACUCAUCGACCGCAAGGGAUUGUGACUGGAUCGGUGGGUGGAAGGAUCACGGUGCGUGGUUCUUGGACGAGCAAACAGGUCAAAGAUGCUACUGUAACGAUAGUCUCGGGCACUGCUUUGAAGAUGACGUAGGAUGUGGUCUACCUCUGAGUCUGCGACAAUAAACGAAAUAGCUACCGUAAAGGUGACACUUUCCCAUCUGGGGACCGAUGCGUCACACUGAAAUAAAACUACCUGUAAUCCGCAAUAAAGUGUGAUAAAC